CUCUUGUGGUGAAGUAAUUUCAGAGAGCGUGUUUGUUCUUUUUAAGCUGGCACUCCCUGAGAGCAGACUCUGUACUCUGUUGUAAAGGGGAAGAGAGGAACUCUUUCACACCAGCUCACAGAACCACAGGUCCGAAGCCACCUGAACUCAUCUCAACAACUACAGCUGCUCCCAACUAAACACUGAACAGCAAUGGCAAACAAAGGUCCCUCCUACGGUCUGAGCCGUGAGGUACAGAGUAAAAUCGAUAAAAAGUAUGACCAGGAUCUGGAAGAGAGGUUGACUGAGUGGAUCAUUGCCCAGUGUGGCACUGGAGUGGGCCAACCUGAGGCAGGCAAGACCGGCUGGCAGAACUGGCUCAAGGACGGAUGUGUGCUGUGUGAACUGAUCAACAGCUUGUCCAGUGGGAACAAGCCCAUCAGGAAGAUCCAGAGCUCAGGCAUGGCCUUCAAACAGAUGGAGCAAAUCUCACAAUUCCUCAAUGCGUCUGAGAAGUAUGGUAUCACCAAGACUGACAUGUUCCAGACAGUUGACCUCUGGGAGGGGAAAGACCUGGCUGCUGUCCAGAGGACCCUGAUGACCCUGGGAAGUCUGGCUGUCACCAGGGACGAUGGGACUUACCGCGGCGACCCCAACUGGUUCCAUAAGAAGUCAGUGGAGAACAAACGCGAGUUCUCAGAGGACCAGCUGAAUGAGGGAAGGAGUGUCAUCGGCCUGCAGAUGGGCACCAACAAGGGGGCAUCUCAGGCUGGCAUGACUGGAUACGGGCGACCUAGGCAGAUCCUGAACAACAACUCCUAAAACAUGACGACGCUCAGUCACCCUACACCUGAGUACGCUCCCUUUCUCAGCCAAUCACUUAAGACUGAAACGCUACGUCUUAACUUGAACAAACAGGAGCGACCUGAACUUCCAAGACCGAACUGGACCAAAGAACUCCUACUCACUGCACAGAUGCACACAAUCAUAAUGAAACAUGGUGACCAAAGAACUCCUACUCACUGCACAGAUGCACACAAUCAUAAUGAAACAUGGUGACCAAAGUCUGUACAAUCAUGUUUUGUUAAAAAUGUUGAACAAUGGACACGGUGACAUAGCAAUGGGAAACGGUCCAUUUAGAUACUGCUUAAACUGCACUCCGUUUGGUAAUGCGUUGGGAGAAGAUGUUGCUAGAAUAUGCUGCGAUAAUGGGAAAGAUGCAGUAAGAUGUCCUUUCCAGAGCUCAGUAUUUUUGUAUCUUAUAUAUUGAUUAUGAAAUAAAGUUCAGUUUAAUUUUAAA